AUGAGAGAGUUUGGCUUGGUUCUCCUGUGUCUCCUUCGCAUCUCCAGGAAGGGUGUGCAGUCCAACAGCUGGUCCGUUCACGUCCCAUCUGAUGUUACUGGUGAGCUUGGGAAGAUGGUGAUCCUGCCCUGCACCUUCACACACCCCUACAAAGCCUUCGACCGGACCCUCACUGCCAUUUGGAGGAUCAAGGAGCCUUACAACGGCACCAUAGUGUUCAAGUGUGUGAGCCAGAGCACCAGCGAGCUCUGUAAGACUGCCAUCAGCUAUAAGAACAAGUACAAACUGCUGGGCAACCCCCGGCACAAGGACCUCUCCAUCAGGAUUGACAACCUGACCUGGAGCGACAGCGACAGAUACUUCUGCAGGGUGGAGCUGGCCGGAGACAUCCACGACAAGUAUGAAAGCAGGAGUGGGAUAAAGCUGCACUUGAUUGCUGCCCCCCGGAUCAUCAACAUCACGGUCAGCUCCAACAGGGAUCACACGUUCCAGGCCCGCUGCACCGCCGAGGGGGAGCCAGCACCUGCCCUGACCUGGACUGGUUCCCCCUACCCCAACCUCACCUCCACCACCAGCACGAGCCACCGCGUCACCAAGGAGCUGCGGUACCUGACCCACGACGGGAAGUACACCUGCACUGCUGUCAACAGCCACGGCAGGGCCGAGGGGGCCGUGUACUUCUACAAAUUCAAGGCGUCCGACAGCUCCUUCUUCAUGAUCCUGGUCCUGGUGCCGCUGGGAGUCAAGGUGCUCGUUUUGCUGGCCAUACUGAGCUUCACUGUGUUCUCCAGAGAAGGUCCCUCCUCUGCUCCAUCCAGCCUGGUCAGGCCACAGCUGCCAGACUGCACCUACGAGAACUUUGACCGCAGGCACGGAGGGAGCCAGACCCUGCCAGGAGGGAGAGCAGUGCCCAGGCGCAGCUGAGGAGA